AUUCCCACUGAAAAAUCGACAAACCAAGAUGGGAGACUCUAUGGCCGCCCAGCGAUUGCGACAGGAGCGUAAGAACUGGCGCCGCGACCAUCCUGCUGGAUUCUGGGCACGACCAAUUGCUGCCGAGGACGGCAGUUUGAAUAUCAUGAUAUGGAGUGCAGGUAUUCCUGGCAAGGUUGGUACGAUCUGGGAAGGCGGUACCUACAAGAUGUCUCUGACGUUCUCGGAAGACUACCCAAGCAAACCGCCCCUUUGCAAGUUUGUCCCGCCGCUGUACCACCCCAACGUGUAUCCUUCGGGUACGGUGUGCUUGAGCAUUUUGAACGAAGACAAAGACUGGAAGCCGAGUGUCACAAUCAAGCAAAUCCUCAAAGGCGUGCAAGAUUUGCUGGAUUCCCCCAAUAUGGCGGACCCAGCGCAACGCGAGCCGUUCCAAGACCUCAAGAACGACCCUGAAGAAUACAAACGCAAGGUCAAGGCAAUAGCUCUGCGGAAUCGCGAUAACCAGUAAACCAGUUUCCACCUUUGACGAUUCCUC